UCGUCAGGUGUUGUACGGUCGGCGAGGUCCGGUGCUGCGGAAGGAGACGCGAGGCGGUCGCCUCCGAUGCCACCGCUGUAGACGGCGCCACGGCCGGUGGCUCCGCUGUCCAGCUAGACAACAAACCGCUGAGAAGGACAAGGGACUGGUCUGCAGUACACAAGAUGCGCUACACUAUGCAACUGCCGCACAAGGUGAUGCGUCGCCACGUGUUCAUCUUGGCCAUAUGGACGAUCUGCUGCUACGUGGCCUACAGGUUCACCGGUGUGGAACGGGAGGCGCGCUUCCUGAGCAACGUGAACACGCGGCAGAUCCUGCAGGACCUGCUGGAGACGACCACCGAGGCGGUACCGCUGGAGAAGCUGCUGGAAUUGCAGCCACUCAUUGACACCUCGCCGGCCCUCUCCGAGAAGGAGGUCCUGAAGAGUGUCCAGAAGAACGUGCCCAACUUGCCAGUCGACUACUGGGAGGCCAUGAAGGGAAAGGCCACGCAGAAGAACAAGACAUGCGCCAAGUUACCUGCCGUCUACGACCUCAAGUUCAACAACCUCUACUGGCAGGUGCUGGAGACUAGCAACGGCACCUACAACUUCUACGCCGCCUACUACGACAAUCGGACUACCCUGUCGAUCCAUCCGCUUGUGCGUAUGAUGGUGAUGAUCGAUCGGCUGAAGCCGACGCUGAAGACCUACUGCCAGCUGUGGUUCAGCCGCAAGAACGAUCCGGUUAUUGUGCCCGUCAUGGAGUACAAGUACGUAUGGCACGAGAAGUGGGGCAACUUCAAGCAGGGCAUCAUCCAGCCAUAUCUAAUGGCCUGUCAGAUCCCCAAGAGUCACGCGCACCUGGUGCCUGAGGCGGUGACGCUGGUGGAGACGCCGUGCAAGACGUCGACGGUGGCGCUGCGCGUCAUCAACAACCGUCCGCCAGCCGGCCAGCAGCGCCAGGACUUCGCCGUCUGCGUGAAGGGCCUGUCGUUCCCAGACCAGGACCUGUCCGUUCGUCUGGUGGAGUGGCUUGAGAUGCUGCGGCUGCUCGGCGCGCGGAAGGUGUUCCUCUAUGACCUUGAGGUGCACCCCAACAUCUCCAAGGUGCUGCGACACUACCAGCAGGAAGGCCUGGUGGAGGUGACGCCUCUGACGCUGGCCGGCGAGCAGCCCAAUAUGUCACCGCUGCAGCGGCUCUACCUGCGCAAGAAGGUUACCAACAAGCGCCAGAGCGAGCUGGUGCCCUACAACGACUGCUUCUACCGCAACCUCUACAUGUAUGAGUACGUGGUGCUGCUGGACACGGACGAGAUAAUCAUGCCGACCGCCUACGCCAGCUGGGCCGCCCUCAUGAAGGCCAUCGUGCCGCGCGCCAAUAUCGAGGCCAAGAAGAAAAAGAAGGAGAUCGCCUCCUACAACGCACGCAACGUCUACUUCUUCGACGUGCAGGACCACGAGCACACCUGGCAUCGCGACAUCCCGCGCUACAUGCACAUGCUGCAGCACGUGCGGCGCAGCCGCAACUACACCAAGCCGGGCCACUACAUCAAAUGCUUCCACCGCACAGACCGGGUGAUCGCGCUGCACAACCACUUCCCGCUGGCGUGUUUGGGCGGCUGUCUCUCCUACAGUAUCAACACCUCGGAGGCGCAGCUGCAGCACUACCGGGCGGACUGCGUGGGCUCGCUUAAGAAGACAUGUGAGAGCGAGUACAAGCGCAACGCCGUGCUCGACACAUCCAUCUGGCGCUACAAGGAGGAGCUGACAGCGCGCGCCACGCGCACCCUGGUCACUCUGGGCUUCCUGCCGCCGGAAGGCGGCAGGCUGGCCGAGUACUACCAGACGGGCCGCUCCGGCCAGGCGGCCGGCCGCGUCGAGCCGCUACUCGGCUCAGGUCGGCCGGCCGGGGCCGAGCGGCCGGAGCCCGGGGUGCGGUAGGAGCGCGCGGCCGCUAGUCAGCCCCUAACUCUCAACCAGCUGUGAUGUGGUGGUGGCGCGGCCGGGGACACGCGCCGUGGACACGGCCAGAGGGCCCACGUGCCGCGCGGCCAAACGUAACGACGACGUGUGCUCAGUAUUUGGGGUAGCGAGUAAGGUGAACCACGACCCUGACUCUGAUAUUCGGUUGACGGUUUAGAGCCCUGCCAUGUACAUUUGUGAAACGCUCCUCCCCGCCUCUGCGAGCUUGGCGGACGUGCCACUGGCUCCACAAGACGCCCCAGCCGACACCGACAGGCUCCAAGCUGUGGUCAGCUCCUCCCAUCCGUACCAGACGCGGCGCCUCGGUGCCUCUGUGUGUUCAAACUCAUCGACGUGCGUGCGCUCCGAUCGCCGCCGCCCCCGAGUGUGCGCGCGUCCUUGUGUGCAGAGGCGGCCGCCGGGUGGGGACUGGCUGGCGGUGUGUCGGCCGCGGUCCCCGGAGACCGGCUCCGUCGUGUCUGUCCGCGCGCCCGCCGAGCCAUCGGUGCCGAGCCGGUGCCGUGCGCCGUGCCAGGCACGGCGACUCUUGUUACGUACCGUCGACCGCGAUGCCCCGCCGGAUUCAUCAUUCAUGGGGCUGCCGGCGGCGUGCGGCUCAGCGAUGUGAUCGUGGGCGCCGGGUGGGCGGUCCCGGGCCUGCGAUCCGGGGUCCGCGGUCCCAGGAACCAGGGUCUGAGGUCCGUGGGACCGGGGCCUCCGAUCCGUGGGACCAGGCUCUGCGGCCCAGACUCCGCUGUCGAAUGUUUGGGGCCCGGGUCCCGGACUCUGGGCCCGCGAUAAAUGGCCCGGGAUCAGUAGACCAAGACGAUGGAGUGUCGCUACUGGGCUGGCCGCCGAUCCCGACGGAUGCCUGCGCCGUCGCCUUGCUGGAGACUGUGGGAAGGGAGGGGAGGGGUGGGAGUGAGGGCAUGUUGUGAUCACUUUUCCGGGCACUGUUAUUCCUGCCUGUCUUGUGCCGGCGACACGACUGGAGGGGCGCCAGCCGUGGGUCACCCGGCCGCGCUGUGCUGCCGGUCGGCCACGGCCGCCAGCCCGAGUCGCACGUCCCUCAAUCGUCACGGUGGCACACACUGGCUGAUUGCAUGGCCGAUGACCGUGUAAUAAUACCAGGCUUUCAGUUUAUUGUCUCGUGUUUAGCCAACGCCAAACAUAUCACGUCUGGGCACGGGGCGUGGCACUACCGACCCGAGCAUUAUCGUCGUGUGGAUGUUUCCGCCCGACUAUGGCGACAGUUGUGAUACAGUGAUUAGACGCGGCCGAGCUGUAGCACGGCGCGUCUCAGAAACUUGGAGGCCUGAAAUGACGUCAUCGCCGACUACGGCCGGAGGCGCUUCUGUGUAUACAUGACCUGGGUUUGGAAUUAUGCACGGCGUUUGCGCCGUGGUAAUGUAUCGCGACAAUGUCACCGUAAGUGGUGGACGUUUUCAAGGAAGUUUACCAUGCUCUAGAUUUGAAAUGUUCUAAAGCAGUUUAGAAUAUCCUACAGGCAUGUGUGAACUCUGCAAAUGGUUUUGCACUUCAAGAAACAAUUACAUGAUAUCUUCUCUGAUCGCAGCGGCGUUUGUAUCUUGAAUUGAUUAAGAGACAGCUGUAAUUCAUGAAUGUAUAGCUCGGAUUGAUGUGAGCUGUUUUUGUUGCAUUUCAUUGAGCAUUUGUCCGGGGAAAACUCCUUUUACCUGACUGUAUGGAUUCGCAGUGUCAUCUUGUGAUCGUUUUGAUUUAUGGGUGGUCUUACCUGGCCGUGAAUGAUGCUUCAAUAAAUGUAUGUCAUGCGAAUACG